AUGGCUCCUGUAACUAAGAAACAGAAAACUGAAACUGUCAAAUCCAGAAAGCCUAUCAUCAUCAAUGCCUUUGAUAUGGGAACUCCUGGGCUCCAAUGGCCUGGUCUUUGGAAGCACCCCAAGGACAAGUCCAGGGACUAUAACAAGAUUGAGUACUGGACUAACUUAGCCAAAUUGCUUGAGAGAGGAAAGUUCAAUGCGCUCUUCAUUGCUGAUGUCUUGGGUCCCUAUGACGUAUACAAAGGUCCUCGUAAUUUGACUCCUGCUGCUACCUCUGGAGCCCAAUGGCCCAUAAACGAACCUAGUGCUGUAAUUGCUGCUAUGGCUGCAGUGACCAAGAACUUGUCUUUCGCAGUUACUUCGAGUACUAUCAGUGAAGCUCCAUAUCAUUUCACAAGAAGAUUGGCUACCUUGGACCAUUUGACAAACGGGAGAGUUGGUUGGAAUAUCGUCUCUUCUUAUUUGGACAGUGCUGCUAGGAACUUGUUGAAUGGAGAAUCGUUACCUCCUCACGAAGAAAGAUACGCUAGAGCCCAAGAAUAUUUGGAAGUAGUUUACCAAUUGUUCUUGUCUUCUUGGAGAGACGACGCCGUCAAGUUGGACCGGGAAAGAGGAAUCUUCUCCGAUCCCGACUUGAUUAGAGAAAUCAACUACGAAGGUAAGUUCUUCAAGGUCCCUGGCCCAAAUAUCACAGAGCCUUCUCCUCAGAGAUUGCCAGUUAUCUUACAGGCUGGGUCCUCUAAAUCUGGUCUUGAGUACGCUGCCAGAAACGCCGAAGCUGUUUUUAUCAACGGUUUGAACCCAGAAGGGUUGGGCGUAAAGAUCAAAAAGUUGAAGGAACUUGUCAAGAAGUAUGGCAGAAACCCUGAUGAUGUCAAAGUUGUUCAAUUGGUUACUGUAAUAGUCGCAGAGACACAUGACGAAGCCGUAGAAAAGUUCUUGGAAUACAAGAGUUAUUCCGACGUCGAAGGAGCACAGGCUCUCUUUGGAGGAUGGACCGGUAUCGAUCUCAACGAAUACGAGUGGGAACAAGAAUUGAACCAAGUGGAAAGUAACGCAGUAAAGAGUUUUGUAGAAAACUGGACUAAGAAGUUGCCUACAGACCCCGAAAACGUCAAGAAAACCAGAUCAUACAUUGCCAAUCUGGUUUCCACAGGUGGUUCAGGAGUACUUUUCUACGGAAGUGCUGAAGAGGUAGCAGACGAAAUCGAGAGAUGGGUGGACAUUUCUGGUGUUGACGGGUUCAACUUCACUUAUGCCAUUACUCCAGGUAGUUUUGAGGAUAUUGUCGAUAUUUUACUUCCAGUAUUGAGAGAACGUGGUUUGGCUUGGGAAGACUAUCCUAAGGAAGGCCUUACAUUCAGAGAAAACCUUUACGGUACAAAGGGAGAAGAUCCUACGUUCCUUAAGCCUGAACAUCCAGCUUACAAUUUAAGAUGGAAGGCAGGUGAGACUAAGGAAGAGUUCGAAGCAAAGUUACAGAAGACUGUGGAGGAGAACUUCAGUUUCCACAAAUAG